AUUUGUUAUACAGCUCUCCAAGUACAUUUACGAAAUGAUCCAUUGCAUUGCGCAAAGGGUUAUCGUCAUUCUCAUUAUUUGACAUGGAUUUUAAAAUCACUGGUGGGGGCGAUGGUCGUUGCAUCGGUGAAUUCACAGUAGGCAAAUCUCACGUUAAUGCCAGCGGCGGUUUACAUGGUGGUUACACUGCUACCAUGAUAGAUAACAUAACAACCUAUGCCCUUAUGUCAGCCGGCUCCCAUCCUGGCGUCAGCGUUGAUUUGCAUGUUAGCUACAUUAAGUCGGCCAAGGAAGGUGAAGUAAUUAUUGUGGAUGCAAAUACCAUAAAAACGGGUAAAAAGCUUGCCUACGUAGAGUGUGUGCUAAAGAAAAAAUCGGAUGGCUCCAUAGUGGCAAAAGGUGGACAAACAAAAUUUGUCGAUUUUAAAGAAGAAGAAUAAAAAAUAUACGGCUGUAUGUGGUUGUGGUAUAUUUUGGGCAUAUAGAAAAUUUAGUUAAGGUAAAAUAAAAAAUAUUGAUCUGGCAA